GCAUUACUUCACUUUUCACUUAGUUUCUCUCCCAGUUGCCCAGUGGGACAGUUGGGUCUCAGCACCUCAAGCGGAUUCAUCAAACCACAAACCAACCGACCAGUCAACCAGCCAUGAGCAAGUCCUACUCUGCAUCGGCCCAGAGCGCCUCCUCGUACCGCCGCACCUUCGGCUCUGGCGUGGGCUCAUCUCCAAUGUCCUCCCACUUCUCUUCUGGAAGUGCUGGUGGAGGCCGCAGCUCAAGCCACAUGUCCUCCAGGGUCUAUGAGGUCAAGAGUAGCAGUAUUCCCUCCUUCUCCAGCUACAGGGUCUCUUCCGCUGGUGCCGGAGGAGCCGGGUACAGCUCCUCCUCAGCCAUGCGCACCUACGCCGGAGAGAAACUCGACUUCAACCUUGCAGACGCCAUGAACCAGGACUUCCUCAACACAAGGACCAAUGAGAAAGCCGAGCUCCAGCACCUCAAUGACCGUUUUGCAAGCUACAUCGAGAAGGUUCGCUUCCUCGAGCAGCAGAAUGCGGCCCUGACCGUGGAGAUUGAGAAGCUGAGGGGCCGCGAGGGGCCCGGGCGCGUGGCUGAAAUGUACGAGGAUGAAAUGAGGGAGCUGAGGAGACAAAUAGAAGCCCUCUCCAACCAGCGUGCCCGGGUUGAGGUGGAGAGAGACAACCUUGCUGAUGACCUCCAGAAACUGAAACUCAGACUGCAGGAGGAGAUUCACCAGAAGGAAGAGGCCGAGAACAACCUGUCUGCCUUCAGAGCUGAUGUUGACAAUGCCACUCUGGCCAGGCUGGACCUGGAGAGACGCAUUGAGAGUCUGCAAGAGGAGAUUGCUUUCCUCAAGAAGAUCCAUGAAGAGGAAAUCCGCGAGCUGCAGAGCCAGAUGCAGGACACUCAGAUCCAGAUCCAGAUGGACAUGUCCAAACCUGACCUGACUGCAGCCCUGAGAGACAUCCGUAUGCAGUAUGAGGCCAUUGCCGCCAAGAACAUUGCAGAGGCUGAGGACUGGUACAAGUCUAAGGUGUCUGAUCUCAACCAGGCCGUGAACAAGAACAACGAUGCUCUGCGUCAGGCCAAACAGGAAAGCAUGGAGUACAGACACCAGAUCCAGUCCUACACCUGCGAGAUCGACUCACUUAAGGGCACCAAUGAGUCUCUCCUGCGCCAGAUGAGAGAUAUGGAGGAUCGCAUGGGCCGUGAAGCCUCCGGUUUCCAGGACACCAUUGCACGGUUGGAAGAAGACAUCGCUAAGAUGAAGGAUGACAUGGCCCGCCACCUGAGGGAGUACCAGGACCUCCUUAAUGUCAAGAUGGCCCUCGACAUUGAAAUUGCCACCUACCGCAAACUGCUGGAGGGAGAGGAGAGCAGGAUCACAACCACUAUUCCUGUCCAGUCUGCCUAUUCCUCCAUUGGGUUCAGAGAGACCAGCCCUGAGUCCCAGCAGCAGCGCUCAUCAGAGAUUCACUCCAAGAAGACAGUUCUCAUCAAGACCAUUGAGACCCGCGAUGGAGAGGUGGUCAGCGAGUCCACACAGCACCAGCAAGACAUCAUGUAAACAGGAAGCAUGGACAGGAUAUAAAAGAAAUAUAUUAAAGCGAUAAAUAAAAAUGCUUGAGAAAAAUACAUUUUCCUACCACUACAAUAAUAAUUUAUAAGCUGAGCUGACUGUAGAGCCAUUUCGAAACAAAGAGAAGCAAUCAUAAAUCUUCCUGUAACCAUCAUACCAUGUGUUUACUUUUUGGCUUCUUUUCAAGCAAUCAUUUUAGCAGAUUUCAAUGGAAACAGAAAAUUAUCUAAGUGAAUGCAACCAGUAUACAAAUGAAUACAGUGUAAGAAGCAGUACGCAUAUACAGUGCACUGCCUUCACCCUGAGUUAAAUAAAGGGCAUUCCAGGAAUUAUUCUUUAUUCGUUUUCCUUUCCUUUACACCAAAACAUCAGAACUCGUCUGUGAUUUCUUGUCUGCAAAAGCAUAGACCUUUAAGUGAAUAAAUAAGGCUUUUUUUUUUUGUUGUAGAUGUAUUUGUCCGUUAUUCACAGGGAAGCUUGCAAAGUGCAGGAAAGGUCAAUGUACCUAAAACACCUUGGACAGAAACGGUGCACAUAUUCCAUAUUUUAUUCUGUGCAGCUUUAAAUGUAUACAGCUAGAGUGAAGAAGAGCGUAUACAGUGUUUGCGUCGCUGAUAUGAGCUGACAUGAGGGAAGUGUGAUGUUGUUUUUGGUGUGAAAGUUCUCAGAAACAUCAGCAUCCAAUGAAUGAGGAACUCAGUCAUGUUUGCAGUUUGAGCUCAAUAGCAUGUGCUGGGUGUUUGUCGUAUGUUAAGGUGGCUAUGCAAUGCAGCUUCUCUGUGCCAAAAACUCUCAAAUAAAGACAUUUGUUAUCAAUCAAGA